AUGUCUUCAACUCGCCUCAUUGCGGUCAUCGGUGCUACAGGAGCUCAGGGCAUUCCGGUAGUGCGCGACCUCGCUCAGUCCGGCGCUUACACGAUCCGAGCACUAACACGCGACGCCGACUCUCCACGCUUCAAGGAACUACAGACGUACGGACCAGUUGAGCCGGUCAUUGGUUCCUUUGCCUCUGAGGAAAGCCUCCGCUCCCUCUUCAAGGGUGCUUGGGGAGCCUACGUCAACAUCGAUGGCUUCAACGCCGGCGAGAAGACGGAGCUCUUCUGGGCAAUCCGCACCUAUGAACUCGCUCUGGAAGAGGGGGUCCGCAUGUUCGUCUACGGCAACCUGGAGUAUACUUACAAGCUGGCUGGCUACGACCCGGCUUACCGCAUCGGCCAUUAUGAUGGCAAGGGCCGGGUGGGCGAGUGGAUCUUGUUCCAGAACCGCGAGAAUGCCGCCCGGCAUGGCAUGAAGGCCGCGCUGUUCACGACGGGGCCGUACAUCGAUAUGGCGAUCGCAGACCGCAGUGCCAUGACACCGCGCGUCGAGGAGGACGGCGUCCUUACGUGGCGCCUACCCCUGGGCGACGGCGCGGUCCCGCACAUCGCUCUGGACGACUGCGGCUACUACGUCAAGUGGCUGUUCGACAACCCGGAGCGGGCGAACGGCCUGGACCUCCAGGUUGCCAUCGCGCACAUCACGUACCGGGAGAUGGCCGAGGCGUUCACCAAGGUCACGGGCAAGCCUGCGCGCUUCGUCGACACCGAUCCGGACACCUUCUUCGACAAGAUCUGGUGGGUGGCCCCGGACGGCGCCGCGGCGUACAACGCGGACCCGCAGGACCCGGCGACUAUGACCUUCCGGCAGAACUUUGGCGCGUUCUGGCACCUGUGGCGGAACUCGGGUGGGAACGAGGGCGUGAUACGGAGGGACUACGCUUUGUUGGAUGAAAUCCACCCGGGGCGGAUCAGGAGUGCGGAGGAAUGGUUCAGGAAAGAGGACGAAAAGGGCAGAAGGACGGGCUUGGGUGGCCUGUGGGAGAGGGUCCAGCACGGCAGUAUGAAGCCAAUCUUGAAGAACAGCGAGGCUGGACGGGUGGGUAGUAUCUGA